AAAAUAAAAAAUUAGAGAGAUUUGAGUAAUACCAACAUAUGAUCGAUCAUCUUUGAUCAGUGUGAACUCUAGCAACGCUAACCAAAAAAUAAAACCCCCAAUCUGAGGAGUUGCUAUCAGAACCCUAACCCUAACAUUCAAUCCUCGUUUGGAAAUAGGGAAUGGGAAAGAAGAAGAAGAGAGCGUCAGAUAAGGUUUGGUGCUAUUACUGUGAUAGGGAAUUUGAUGAUGAGAAGAUAUUGGUUCAGCACCAGAAAGCCAAACACUUCAAGUGCAAUCAUUGCCAUAGGAAGCUCUCCACUGCUAGCGGCAUGGCCAUUCACGUUCUCCAGGUUCACAAGGAGACCGUCACCAAGGUACCAAAUGCCAAAGAAGGCAGAGAAUCAACAGAUAUUGAAAUAUAUGGAAUGGAAGGAAUCCCACCGGAUGCGUUAGCUGCUCACUAUGGAGAGGAAGAGGAUGAGGCCGUGGCAAAGACUGCCAAAGUAGACAUCCUAUCAUCCCAGUAUGUUGGUGGUGUGCUUCCAGGAUCAUUAGCUGCCGGUUAUCCUCCCCGGGCAACUUUCGGCACAGUACCACCACUCUACAAUCCUGCUGUUCCAAUGCGUCCUGCCGGUUGGCCAGUUCCUCCUCGGCCCCUUCCUUGGUAUCCACAGUAUCCUGCUGUCAUGUUUCCACCUACUGCACCUAUGGGUUUGCCGCAACAACCACUGUUUCCUGUGCAGAAUGUCAGGCCUCCAGUGCAAGCAACUGCACCACCUAUACUUCAACCAUCACUACCUGUUGCUCCUCCAGGACUGCCAGUAUCUACCCCACCUGUUCCUGUGUCUCAACCAUUAUUUCCUGUGGUUCCUAACAACAAUUUUAUUCAAAGUUUGCCAAUGCUGACUGCAAGUGUGCCAUUAAGCGCACCUGCUGAAGUGAACAACUCAAUUGCCCCUAAAAUGGGAAACUGUUCUCCUUCAAGCAUUGGCUAUCAGGUUCCAGCCCCAGCAUUAGUAAAUUUACAUUCUUAUGCCUCUGGCCCUAAUACUGGUGGACCCUCAAUUGGACCACCUCCUGUAAUUACAAACAAAGCUCCAGCAUUUGUUGAGGUCUACUUGGUUUGGGAUGAUGACGCUAUGUCCAUGGAGGAAAGACGAAUGUCCUUGCCAAAGUACCAGGUGCAUGAUGAGACUAGCCAGGUAAGUUAUCAUUACCUAGAACUGGUAUUCUUUCUUCUGGAUAUGGACUUGAGCUGCGCCUGUCGAGAGGUGUUGCAUUCCAUUUCUCAGAUUCAGUUGUUUAACUAUUCUUUCCUUGUCCUUAAGCAAGUUGUCCCCAUUCUCCUUCCUCUUGCUGAAACUAUCUGAUAAACUCUUUGAAGAAUAUCUGAUAAUCCAAUCAAUCAUACUUGAUGUUUCGACCCCAUUAGUUCAUGGACUGUUUUAUCUUUGGCCACUCACUGGUUGGCAAGGAAUCCCAAUAAGUGUGUUCAUCGAAAGAUUCAAGUAUGUAUUUUUAUUAUCUUUUGCUCGUAAUUAAGUAAUGAUAUUUCUGUCAAGAUGGUGAGCAUCUACUCUGAGGAACAGGAUUAUGAAUCGAGUGUAUGUAUUUGUUCUUGGAAAUUUCAUUUUCUGUGUUUAAAUCUUCGCCUGUGCUUGGCCUUGAAAAGAUUUGGGUUUGGGUGAGCAAGCGUACACCUCCAGAUGCGCUGUAAAUUAUAUUGAUUAUACUAUUGACAUAUGGUCAAACAGAGUUUCAAUGUUGGCUCAGGUCAGAUUCUUUUGCCGGGUUAGGAAUCUCAUUGUAUCAGAAGCAUCCUAUGAUUUUCCACUUGUUUGUAAUUCUGAGUACUAUCGGUAUUUCUGUCUUAAGGACUGUUUGUGGUUUCUUCUUUCAGAUGACCUCAAUAGAUGCAGCAAUAGACAGAAGAAUCUCAGAAAGCAGGCUAGCUGGGAGUAUGGCUUUCUAAACAUUAGCAACAUCUAGUGCUAUAGUUUUCCUUUGAUGCAGGGUGCUUGCAACUCCAGGAAUACAACUCUUUGCAUAUCAGUUUUUGAUGUAAAAAUCUUUUAAGAGCCAUUAUUUUUACCCUGUAUUGGAGAAAGGAAGAUAGAAUGGGAACCUUAUUUUUCUUUAGGGUGUGUUGGGUACAGAUCCUCUUCUUGUGCUCGAUUGGUUAAAACUUUUGAAAAAUAUUUUCUUUAGGAAGACGCUCUUUAAAGAAUUUCUUAAAGUAAAAUGACUUUUCUUAA